AUGGCCUCCGGCAACCUCCACUUCCGAAUCGCAACCCCAGAAUAUGCAGAGCCUAUCCAGCAACUGGUACAAUGCGCAUUUCGCGCCGAAGACAGCCGACAAGGCUGGACCGCUGAUAUGGAGCUUUCGGCGCGCUUUCGCGUGGAAGUCAAGCAAGUCCUGGCCACAAUCAGCAACCCAGACAGCGCGAUUCUGAUGGCUACCGACAACAAUGGGACCCUCGUGGGAUCCAUCGAGAUUUCAAAGCGCGGAAUCGACCGCGCUCGCUUCUCUAUGUUGGCAGUGGACCAGAGCCACCAGCGCCAAGGCCUUGGGCGUCAGGUCCUUGGCCAUGCUGAAGAGUACUGUCAGCGGGUUUGGGGUGCCAGGAUCGGGGAGUUGAACGCUCUUUCAACGCGACAAGAACUUAUCCUCUGGUAUGUCCGUCGGGGGUACCGUAAAACGGGCGAGCUGAGGCCGUUUCCGCGCGAGGAGUUCAAUGGCCUAGAGUUGCCGGAUGAUAUGUGUUUUGUCGAGCUCGAGAAGGAUUUGAGUGCCGCCGCUGAUAGUGAAGAUGCUUUUUAA